AUGAAGCUCCUCAACCUCUUCAGCGGGCUGCUUUGCGCCUCUUCUGCGCUUGCUUUCAAGAAGCCGACCAAGCCUACGCUUCCGAGGUCCAUUGUCGAGAGGCGCGCGGCCAACCAGCCCUUCUCUCACCCUGAGAUUCAGAAGCGCGCCUCCCAAUUUUUGACGGAGAAGACUAAGGCCUUCGCUGUCAAUGGCACUGGUAUUCCCGAAGUGCCCUUCGACAUUGGCGAAUCCUACGCUGGAUUGCUCCCCAUCUCCGACAGCCCCGACGAGACUCGCGAGCUUUUCUUCUGGUUCUUCCCCUCAUCAGCCGCGCAGACCCCUGAAGAGGUGGUUAUCUGGCUCAAUGGUGGACCAGGAUGUUCCUCUCUUUCCGGUUUCCUCACGGAGAACGGCCCAUUCACUUGGGAAGCGGGCACGCUUGCCCCCGUUCAGAACCCCUACUCAUGGACCAACUUGACCAACAUGCUGUGGGUCGAGCAGCCCGUCGGUGUUGGCUACUCCCAGGGAGUACCCAAUAUCACCGAUGAGGUCCAGCUUGCGACCGAGUUCCGCGGUUUCUACAAGAGCUUCAUCGACACCUUUGACCUCAAGACCUGGAAGACCUACAUCACUGGAGAGUCGUACGCCGGAUACUACGUCCCAUACAUUGCUGACGGUUUCAUUUCCGCCAACGAUACCGACUACUUUAACCUGGCCGGUAUCUCGAUCAACGACCCCAUCAUCGGCGACGAGACCAUUCAGCAGCAGGUUGUCAUCCUCCCCUACGUCGAGUUCUGGAACAACCUCUUCUACCUCAACGAGACCUUCAUGGAGCAAGUCCGCGACCGCCAGGACUCGUGCAACUACUCCUCCUACCUCGACACCUACUUCCAGUUCCCGCCGCCCCAGGAGCCCUUCCCCGUCCUGCCCGAUCCCUACAACAGCGAUGCCAUCAUCGAGGUCAACCCCUGCUUCAACAUCUACCACAUCACCGAGACCUGCCCGCACCCAUACUCCCAGCUCGGCAUCGUGAACAGCGGCGACUACACCCCGCCUGGGGCCGAGAUCUACUUCAACCGCACCGACGUCAAGAAGGCGCUCAACGCACCCCUCAACUCCAAUUGGCAGCAGUGCACCAACGUCAACGUUUUCGGAAACGGAACUCGUCGCGGCUCUGACCAGUCUAACGGCCCCGCCAUCACUGGUGCCCUGCAGCGCGUUAUCGAGUUCACCAACAACACCAUCAUCGGCUCUGGUGACCUCGACAUGCUUCUCAGCACCAACGGUACGCUUUUCGCGAUCCAGAACAUGACCUGGAACGGCGCGCAGGGUCUGUCGGAGUACCCCACUACGCCUCUCAUCGCUCCUUACCACCCCGAGUACAAUGCUGGCGCGCUUGCCGGCGCCGGUAUUCAGGGUGUGUGGACCGCCGAUCGUGGAUUGACCUUCUACACUGCUCGUCUUGCCGGCCAUGAGCUGCCCGGAUACACUCCUGGUGUCGCGUACCGCAUGCUCGAGAUUCUGCUCGGAAAGAUUGACAACUUCAGCAACACUGAUGACUUCACUACCCAGACUGGUAACUUUACCGGGAACGGUACCAUUUACAAGAGAAACCACUAG